GUCUUUCCCUCUGCAUUGGAUUGGGGAAUAAAAAAAAAAAAAAGCAGCAUAAGUCUGAACCCUCUUUCCAAAUUCAUUCCUUUUCCCUUCGUGGGAUAAGAGAGGGGGGGAAGACGGGAGGCUUCUUCUCUUUAAUGCUCUGGAGAGGCCCUCUCCCUUCUUCUUCUUCUUCUUCUUCUUCUUAGACUUUCCUUUUGCAGAAAGGGACAGGGAGGAAGAAGAAGGUACUCAGAGAGAGAGAGAGAGAGAGAUUGGGGGAGGAGGUCUCUUCUUUCUUUCGUCUUCUUCGGCCAUGGAUGCAUCAUCGUCUCAGCCAUUUGGUGAGAGGGAAAGGGAGCCUUGCGCUUCUCUCGUGGACCCUUUUCUUGUCGAGGCUCUUCAGAACCCCCGUCAUCGUCUCACCAUUCUGCGCAUGGAACUCGAUAUUCAGAAGUUUAUGCAGAAUUCCAAUCAACAGCAAUUUGAGUUCCAACAUUACCCCACUUCCUACCUUCGGCUUGCAGCACAUCGUGUUGCUCAACACUAUGGUUUACAGACCAUGGUGCAGGAUAAUGUUAUAGAUGGUCUGGGAAAUAGAAUUGUGGCAAGAAGAACCGCAGAAUGUAGAUACCCUUCUAUCUGUUUAUCUGAAAUUCCUGCUAAACAGUCAGAAAAUGAUAAACCUGAGAAUAUUAAAAUAGCCAUCAGGCCUAGGCCUAAUAAAGCUUCAUUGGAUGAAGUUAAGGAAAUUGGGAGCAACCGUUGUAAUGUGAGAACUGUCGAAGAGAGGAAGGAGGAGUAUGAUAGGGCCCGGGCUCGCAUUUUCAGCGCUCUUAGCAGUCCUGAACCAGAAGAUACUAUGCAUCAGGCAAUAAGCGAGGGAAAGUAUUUGUGCUUAUGUGGAGAUGAGAAUGAUGGUUGCAGAAACUCCAUGGUUGAUCCAGAAAAAAGCCCUAGCAUCAGGGAUGGUGGUACUGCUUCUCGAGUCGCCAUUUUUAGAGAUAGAGAGAAGGAUCGCACUGACCCAGAUUACGAUCGGAGUUAUGAAAGGUAUGUUAGGAAUCCUCUAAGUAAUCAAAGCUUUAGUUUGGCACCUUUCAAUACACAAAAAAUUCAAUUUCCAUUCGUGCAAUACGAUACUGGUUUUCCCCAGCUGGGUCAGAUGCCAAGAAGUCAAGCCUCUGUCAGUUAUAGGUCUUCUUCGAGUCCAAUGAUGAAUCCCUAUGCAACAGGAUUGAGUCAGACAUCUGGUGAUGCUGUUUACAUGCAGUGGCCAAGUCCUGCAAUGAUGUAUGCACAUUCAUAUGAGCAGUUUAGACAUGCUGUUUUCCAGGUAAAUGCCAUUCUCUUAUUUCCAGUAUGCAUCUCUUCUCAAAUUUUACUAAUGAUUCUGAAUAUAUUAGGAACUGUCAGCUAUAGCCGCACCAUAGAUUAUGCUUUGGAUUUUGCUUUCUGUGAAGAGUGUGUUUUUGCUUAGGGUUUAAUUAUAUCGUGGUUAAGAUUUUUAUGGACCAGUCUGCUUUGUAAAUUUUGUAAUGCAGUUAAAUCAUGCCCUUCUCUAGCCAUAGUUCAGAUCAAGUUUCUGAUGUAAUUGGACGUUAAGUCACUGCAUAUUAGUUUUAAAUUGUUCAAAUGGGUGUGCCAUGUGGUAAACGGCUUUUUAUAAUUAUGUGUACAUAGAACCAGACUGCAACUGCAAGUAUACGCCCAUGAUAUUGAAGUGCCUGUGCAUAUUUGCAUAUUUUUCUAAAUUGAUUGUAUGGGCGUGCACAUGCUAAAUGUCUUCUCUUGAUUAUACAUGUAUUUGCAAUGACGUUGCUGUUAUUUAGGAAGGACUAGAUUUGAAAUAUCACUGGACUCGUGCUAGUAUGUGAGCAUAAUAUUGUAUAUAGAAAUUAUGAUGCACAUGCUUGCAGUAUUGUUGGUCGUAUACAUUUAUAGUAGGGGUGGUGAAGAUGUGCAGUAUCUAAUAAAAAAACAUGCGCUGAAUCUUUUGGGAUUUGUAUGAUGAUUUUGUUUUCCUUUGAUGCAAGUGGACUUUGGAAAUGCUUGUGCUAGCUGUGUGGGCGUUUCCAUGGCAUCUGAGAAGAAAUUGCACUUGAGUGGGCAUGAUUUUGGAAUGUGUUCAGAAAUUUCUUACACAAGGUUCAUAUGAAACUUUAGGGCACUUGUAGUGCUUAAUUUUCAUUUGAUGCCAAGGCUUCAUGCGCUUCACCAUCUCUAUUUCUAUACAAACGCAACAACUUAUUUUCCUGCUGUCUGUAUUUGUGUAGUUGUGUGAAGUAAAUGCAACAACUUAUUUUCCUGCUGUCUGUUCUUGUGUGAUUGUGUGAAGUGAUUUUGUUUUGGCCCUCUUUUGUUUAUGUUUUGGCAGGCACCUUUCUGUCAGCAGCAGCCUCUCAGCUUUGAUUAUUCUCAAAACCAUUGACAUUAUAGGUGGUGGUGGUGGUAGUAGGGAUUGUGUAAAACCAAACAUGCAGAUUUCCUAUCCCUUUUUAGAGCCCCGCAGUUCUUGACGGUAGGAUUCAGUUUGAUUCAGUCCAGUGCCCAACAAGACAUUUGUUUGCAGUUGGUUGGCUCCUUUCCCAGUUCUUAGAUUUUCUUGUCAGUUUAUUUUUAUUUUUGUACAAGGGGGUUAAAAUGAAUUCUUAAAAAGCACAUCUUCGACUAACUGCUACUUUUGUGUAAUGGGAUUAAACAUUUUUAUAUCUUCAUUAAAUGCUGACUUCAGUUAA